AUGAAAUCAAAUGAUAUGGAGCAAAUUGAUUUUGCUGUAGAGGAUUCAGCCCCAAUAGAAGAGCCAUGCGAUAACCCCAUAAUAGAUGAGCUUGGCAUGGAGCUAUCAAGCAAGCCCAAAAAGCACCAAAAAACAACCGAAAAAGACCAGUCUCAGAACUCAGACCCUGCUGUUAAUUGGAAAGAAACUACCAAUUUCCAAAAAUUAAAAUCCAUUCACAAAAGGUCUGCAAAAAUCAUGAUAAAUCCACCAAGCCAUAACGAAGACCCCAAUCCUAUUAACCUAUUUCGUAAGUUUUUUGACUCAAAAGUUAUUAAUCUCCUUAUAAAUUAUACAGUAACUUACUCAGAUUUUAUGAGGAGGAAUUAUAAUGUUUGCUAUAAAAAAUCCAAAGCAAUGGAAGAAAGAAUAUCCCCAACCGAAAUGGAAACUUUUAUAGGUAUCUGAAUUUUAAUAGGACUUGUAAGAAUCCCUUAUAUGAAUGAUUAUUGGUCUUCAAGCGAUUUAUAUGGAAAUAAAGUAAUUUCAUCAGCAAUGCCAAAAGACAGAUUUGAUGCUUUGUAUGACAUGCUUCAUCUUUCUUGUAGUAACUGCCCAAAUCAAUGUAUUGAGAACUUGCUGCCAAUCGCUAAUAAAAUAAGAACGAAUUUUCAAAAAAACGUUCACCCAGGAAAAAGAGUUUGCAUUAAAGAAGUCCCCAUUCCUUAUAAAGAUAAGCCAAGAGGUAUCCACACAAAAAUAUUUGGCGUAUAUGAUUGCUCGUUAAGCUAUUUAUGGAAUUUUGCAUUUGUGAGAGGAUCAUAUACAGAAAUUGAAAAUAAUUUAGGAAAAAACACCAUUUUAAAUUUAGUUGAUGGAUUGGAAAGCAGAGAUUGCCAUCUUUAUUUCGGCAAGCGCCAUUCAAGUGUUCAACUUGCAAUGAUUCUUAAUGAUUUAGGAAUUAAUUUUACUGCAAAAAUAGACAGAAAUGAAGGAUGCUUACCCCCCAAAACUAAGCGAAGUUCGAUCCCUAAAUAUUAUUCCUGCAGAGACAUUUUGUAUUGUGCAUGGACUGAUAAAAGACCUAUGCAUUUCAUUUCUAAUAGGGAAUCUGUAAGCAAUACAGUAAAAACCAAGCAAAGAUCAGACAGAGCUCCAGAAACUCUUUGCAGGCCUAAAUUGGCAGAAAAAUAUGAAAAAUUCAAAGACGGGGCCAUUGAAUUCAAUAAGUAUAUCUCAAGUACUGAAAAAUUCUCUGGUAGGGUAUGAAAAUCUAUAUUCAAUUUUUUAGUCCAAGCAGCAAUAAUAAACUCUUUCAUUAUUUAUAAUCAAUUUACAGGACUAAAAAAGACAAAGAGAAACCGGCUUGAUACAUUUAAAAAAUCUUUGGGGUUGGAUUUGAUAAGAUAUAAUUCUGGAAAAGAUAGGCCUCAGACCGAAGAGCCUAUGGAAAAAAUGAACUAUCAUAGAAAAUGCGCACAUUGCAGCGGAAGCUAUAACCGGACAGAAUAUAAAUGCAAAGUGUGUAAUAAACCGUGCCAUUUGAAAUGCUAUGAAGCGCAUUUGGCCAUUUGCAGAGUGGAUGGAUCAGGAGAGGAAUAUGAAGAAUAA